AGCAAUAUCGAAAGUAAAGCUCACGAUUUCUUACUCUACUUCAAUCAUAUGAUUACGAUGAAAUAUCAUAGAGGCAUCUCAAGCGUUUUCUAUUUUUCAUAACCGUAUGGCUCUCUCCCCAGCUGCGGCUUCCAUUGUGUUUGAAAAUCUCUCAUCUUUUUGGUCCGGUGGUGGCCUUUCCUCUGACGCAAAAGGGAUGCAUGGUGAACUGGCGAUGGAUCGGCUCUGGUCGAUUGCUUGUAAAUUAAGGUCGUCUACAACCUUUCCCCAGUUGCGCUGCUUUUCGUCACUAGAUCAAGUACCAACGACUUUCACAUUGACGGCGGCGCGUGAUGAAGUCAAACCUCCAAUACUGGCUAGUAGAGCACCCAAGCAUCCUCCACUUCUCAUGGACGGAGGGUCAAACCCCUGCCUCCACCCCACUCUUCCUCAUCCUCGCCCUCCUCUCCUAUCUCUCCCUCACUCUGCUCCUCACGCGCCUCCCUCUCUCCCCCCUCAACCCCGCCCUCCUCAAACCAAUCUCAGCCCUCCACAACCUCACCCUCCUCCUCCUCUCCCUCAUCAUGGCCGUCGCUUGCACCCUCUCCAUCCUCUCCUCCCCUUCCUCCACCCUCUGCUUCUCCCCCCACACCAACCCCACCGGGCCCCUCUUCUUCUGGGCCUACGUCUUCUACCUCUCCAAGAUCCUCGAACUCCUCGACACCCUCUUCAUCAUCCUCAGUGGCUCCCUCCGCCGCCUCUCCUUCCUCCACGUGUACCACCACGCCACCGUCCUCGUCAUGUGCUACCUCUGGCUCCACACUCGCCAGUCCCUCUUCCCGGUGGCGCUCGUGACCAAUGCCUCCGUGCACGUGCUCAUGUACGCCUACUACAUGCUCUGCGCGGUUGGGAUCCGCCCCAGGUGGAAGCGGGCCGUCACGGACUGCCAGAUAGUCCAGUUCGUGUUCAGCUUUGCGGUGUCGGGUCGGAUGCUCUACCUGCAUUUCUCCGGGUCCGGCUGCUCCGGAAUAUGGGGAUGGUGCUUCAAUGCCGUCUUCAAUGCCUCGCUUUUGGCUCUCUUCCUUGACUUUCAUGGCAAGAGCUAUGCGGGUCCAAAGGAUAAACGGUCAUGAUCCAUAUUUUAUCUGAUUUUUUCCGCGCCCAUUUCACAGAUGCACCAGAAAUUGCAAUUUGAUUCACUCUUUUUUUUUUUUGGGGCUUCUGUUGAGCUUUGGUGUUUGUUUUCAUGGAUGGAACUAGCAUCUUGGCACCUAAUUAAGAUGCUUGCCUGCUGUGGGAUAAUGUUUCUGCAGUACACAGUACAAACUGUUUUUAUCUUUGUCUCUUUGUUAUGUGUAUUUUUGGAGGUUGAAGUUUUGGUGGAGAUACAUAGAUGUCUCUAACUUGGGUUCAUUUCUCGACUCGAUGUAAUAUUUAGGCCUAAAGCAGUAAAGCAUAGAACAAAGGGUAGCAAUGGGUAUACGAUAUGGAUUUUACCAUUAUGUAGUCUAAUUCUAAUCUAAUUUUCAGUUUUGUACGAUCAUUGGACUGUAAUGAGAUAGUGAGGUACA